AUGCCAUUUAUAAGGAAGCUGAUCAGAAGAAAAUUUUGCUUUUGUCUCUCCCUGACUUCCGGGUGCAUCAUCAUUUCAUUCUACACCUUGUUUUUCGGAUUCCUCAACGCGGGUACCACUGUCGAUGAAGUCAUAUACAGAGAAACAUUUAAAACUGAUGUAUGGGCAAAAUGGUUCAAUGUUUUCCACAUAGCUCUGAUGAUUGCAGCUGCAGUUGUCCUGCUGAUAUCUGUUAUGACGAAAUAUAUAAAGGUGGUUUUCAUAUGGAUGGCAAUGUUCAUCAUCCACAUGAUAUCCUACUACAUCGUCUUCAAUGCCUUGGUAAACGUUCGCAACCCGUUUUUCUCUAGUGCUCUGUCUGCAUUCUUGUAUGUCCUGGUAAAUCUUGUGACGUUAGCCAUAGAUAUAUUUUGCCUGAUCAAAGUCUAUUCAUAUUAUUACGUGAAAAAGCAUCCAGAUGAAUUCAGACCGCCAUGUGUUGACAACUAAGAAUUAAAAGAAGCAUCCUAAAAGAUAAUAAAAAUAAUAUCAACGAUUUGCCGAGUUUAUAUUUAAUGGAUUUUGAAGUGUGGAUAACGUUGUUGCUGUGCUAAUAUGGCAGACUCAAUUUUCCUUAUAAUUUCAUUAGCAUCUUGAUGAGAACUGAAAAUGAUUCCACGCGUGCCUGCCACACACAAGCCCACAUACAGCAGGAAAUUCUAGGCUAAUGCUAAUGAGGCCAUAAUACAAAUUGCUUAAAUUGAAAUUAUGCAAAAAAGUUAAUACUCUCGUUCAAGAGGAUAUGGCGGAAAAUGAGGAGGCAAUUUCGCUUGAGUUUGGCACCAACAGCUGGGAAAGCAAUCCAACAAUCUUCGCAUGAAACUUCUGCAAUGUUAAUAAAUUACG